AUGAAAUCAAUCAAAUGUGUCGUUGUCGGAGAUGGUGCUGUCGGUAAGACCUCUCUUCUUAUUUCUUAUACUACAAAUCAGUUUCCUGAGGAUUACGUUCCUACAGUCUUUGACAACUAUUCUGCAAAUGUGAUGGUUGACAACGAGAAGGUCACAAUAAAUUUAUGGGAUACUGCUGGACAGGAGGAAUACGAUCGGUUAAGACCUCUUUCCUACACUCAAACUGACAUUUUCCUUAUUUGUUUUUCUGUUGUUGAACCAUCUUCUUACGCAAACGUGAAGAGUAAGUGGAUUCCCGAAAUUAGACACCACACUCCUAAGGACACACUUGUGCUACUUGUCGGAACCAAAGCUGAUCUUAGAGAUGAUCCCCAUGUUCUGGAUGAGCUUGAGGAGAAUGGUGACACUCCAGUUACAUCUGCAGCUGCAGAAAGACUUGCCAGUUCCCUAGGUUGCGUUGGAUAUAGGGAAUGUUCUGCUGCUUCACAGCAAGGUGUUAGGGAGAUUUUCGAUUAUGCAAUAAAAGCAGUUAUAUCUCCAGAUGUCGUGCAAAUUGCAGCCAACAACAUUGAACCUUCUGCAGGAGAACUACCAGCAAUUGCAGCAGGUGGAAAGCAGGCUCCUGCUCCAGCUCUAAAAUCCCACAAAAAGAAGAGAAAGAUGUCAAAGAUGUCCCGCUCAAAGAAAUGCAUUAUCCUAUAG